AUGUCUCCCUUCCAAGAUCUAUAUGCUUAUGCUCCACCUCAUUUGAUUUUUCCUAUUCCUGCAUCUACUUCUGUGGCAACUGUAGAAAACUAUUUGCAGGAAAGAGAUGUUAUGUUCCAGCUAUUAAAAGAUGAACUAUGUAAAGCUCAACACAGAAUGAAGUAUUUUGCUGAUCAGAAGAGGUCUGACAGAGAAUUUGCAGUAGUAAACCUGGUUUUCUUGAAGCUUCAACCAUACAGGCAAACCUCGGUAGUUGUGAGUAAGAACUUUAAGUUGUCUGCCAAAUAUUUUGGUCCAUUUGCAGUACUUCAAAGAAUUGGAGUUGUUGCUUACAAGAUGCAACUACAUGUUGGAUCCAGAAUCCACCCUGUCUUUCUUGUUUCUCAAUUAAAGAAGAAGAUUGGCUUACAUACUACUCUAUCUCCUCAUAUACCAUUGGUGGAUCAUGCAGGUCAGUUCAUAGUGGAACCUGCAGCUGUUUUGGACACUAGGGAGACACUUAGGGGUACAUCCAGGAUUAAGCAGUUUUUGGUACAAUGGUGCAACUCAGCUCCAGAGGAGGCUACUUGGGAGGAUGUUGCUCACUUGCAUGCCCAGUUUCCAGAUUUUAUCCUUGAGGACAAGGAUCUCUAA